UCGGUGCACGAUAAAAGGGAUGUGAACCGAGAGCAAAGAGCUUUGGACUCGGUUUAAAGCGCGCGUUCACUGUGUUCUCUUCAGUUUGCUUGAAGUCCUGCUGCUUUAUUAUGACGAGUGAUCUCUCAUAACAGGAUUUGGGCAUUAUCGGUCGGAUUAUGAGUGAUUAUCCAUGCAAAGUGGCACGAGAUUGACUUAGUUUCAGAUCUUGUGGGGAUUUUUUUCUGUUCUUCUUUUCCACCCGUUCGGAAGCAUAUGAUUAAAGAGUUAUUCUGGAAACAUAUUUGCAUCCGUUCUGUAUAGGAUGCACCCAGAAAGCAAUGAAAACCCUGCAGGAGCAGCGAGUGGGAUUCCUGGUUCGGAGGAACCGACCACUGAACCGCAGGCUGGACAUACUGAACACUCUGCAAUGGAGCACAAAGACCCGCAGGGGUACGAGGAACCGGAGCGUAAGCUGGAGCCGGAGGACAGCACGGUGCAGCUGCUACAAACCGGCUGCCCCGACAAGCGUCCGGCGACGCCGCCCGACGCACACCCGGGACCGGGAUUCGUUCCCCCGGAGGGAGGUUUCGGCUGGGUCGUGGUGAUCGCUGCUACGUGGUGCAACGGCUCGAUUUUCGGCAUCCAGAACUCAUUCGGGAUUCUGCACAUGAUGCUUGUGAAAGACCAUCAGGAACUGACGGACCAGGCGUCUCAGUUUAAAGUGGCAUGGGUUGGUGCUCUGGCGAUGGGGAUGAUAUUUUUCUGCUCUCCGGUGGUCAGUAUGUUCACCGAUCACUUCGGAUGCCGGAAGACAGCUGUCUGCGGAGCAUUUGUGGCCUUCCUCGGUCUUCUCACCAGUUCAUUCGCAACCACGCUGGGUCUUCGAUACUUCACAUACGGGAUACUGUUCGGCUGCGGAUCCUCAUUCGCAUUCCAGCCGUCUCUGGUGAUCCUGGGGCAUUAUUUUCGACAGAGACUGGGUUUGGCCAACGGCGUGGUGACGGCAGGCAGCAGCCUCUUUUCUAUGGUGCUCCCUGUGCUGCUCAAGAAAGUGGUGGGACCGCUGGGCCUUCCCAGAACCUUCCAGAUCCUCAGUAUCUUCAUGCUGGUCCAGUCGCUGCUGGCCCUCACUUUCAAACCGCUCAUGCCCAGUGGGAUGUGCCCGAUGCCAGGCAUGGGAAUGGACGGAGGUCCCCCGUCCGGCCUGGAGUCGGCGAGCAGGUGGCAGAAGGGCCUGGCCAAAAUCAGGAAGUACUUUAACGUACGAGUGUUUGGUGUGCUGACCUAUCGGGUUUGGGCGUUCGGUGUCGCCACGGCAGUUCUGGGAUACUUCGUUCCGUACGUGCACCUGAUGAACUUUGUGAAAGAGCAGUUUGGAGACACUCAGAGGGAAUGGGUGCUGCUUGUGUGUAUCGGAGCGUCGUCUGGAGUCGGUCGACUGCUGUUUGGGAAGAUCGGAGACCUCAUACCUGGAGUAAAGAAAAUCUACAUGCAGGUGGCCUCGUUCAUAUUACUGGGUCUGAUGUCCAUGAUGAUACCUCAGUGCGCCGUGUUUGAAGGUCUGGUGGUGGUUUUCGUAUUGAUGGGUCUUUGUGACGGCUGUUUCAUCACUAUCAUGGCCCCCAUCGCCUUUGAGUUGGUAGGGCCCAUGCAGGCGUCUCAAGCCAUCGGCUACCUCCUCGGCCUCAUGGCCAUACCAAUGACAGCGGGGCCACCGAUCGCAGGACUUCUUCACGACUAUUUUGGAAACUAUCAUGUGGCGUUUUAUCUGGCUGGUGUUCCUCCAAUAGUGGGGGGUAUCGUGAUGUUUUUUGUGCCUCUGGUGCACCAGCGCAUGCAAAGACGGCGAAAAGAGACCAACGACCCCAGCAUGGACAAGAUGUUGAAGAACUGCUCGAACGGAGACAUGCUGCCCGGAUACACAGACAUGGAGACACACAUAUGAAGCCCACAGCCACACAAAGGGAUGCAUCUCACCAGCACUGCUUGUGGCGUGUGUACGUGAGUGUGUGUCAAGAUGGUGUGUGAUGUAUUUCCUCUGUGCUUGGCUCUAAUCAAAGUCGAGGUCUCAAGGCUUUCCCUCCUGCUUGUUUGCUGUUCUGGAGAGGAGACGUGAUCAUCCAUCAAGAACCCAAACCCUCCUCCAGUGGCCCACACUGCCGUUUCUACCGGCUCCCGAGUGAUUGAAAAACUUCCGCAUGCAGAUUUGGGCUGAAAUCACCUCCUGCUUGCAUUUCUCACGAGAAUCUGAACGGUUAGCUCAGGUAGUGCAGGAGAUGUCAGUUAAAUUAGGACAGCAAAUGCUUUAGCACCUUUAUAAAGGAAACAUUAAUUUGAUGUGAGAGAGUAGCAUUUCCAGCACCGAGAAAAGUGCUGUUUUCAUUUAGCUUUAUAGUAGGGCUGCACGAUUAAUCGAAUACGAUUGUCAUGCGCAUUUUGUUAGUAAAGUCGGUUC